UGAGACGGUCUUUAGUAAACGUAAGAUGGCUGCGCCCUUGAAUGCCGAUGAUUGCUUGUUAUUUCGGUAGGAUUGCAUGAAUAUGUUUCGGUAAUAUGACAAAUACGUAGAUCCCUGCGUUAGGCCGAUACUUUGUGGAACUUGUGUGAAACGAAAAUGAUUCUGAAAAACCUAGAAAAAUGGAACGUGCGCGCCUCGAUGGCAUACGCUAUAGGUGUUUGGACAGUGAUUGGCUCGUGCGGAUACUAUCGGUUUUUUCGCAAGGAGAAAGAGGAUAAGCCGCAAAAUACGGAAGACGAAGAACUGCUCGUGGACAAAUUUUCGACAGAAGAGCAGGAGGGGAAACCAAAGGGCUUCCAAUCCCAAACCACAGUCGUUUACAAGGAGAAUUUUGUUCCUUAUUCUACAAGACUUUUCAAUUAUUUGAAAACUCUAAAUGGGGGUCCUGAAAGUACAGUGGAAAGCGACUGAAAAGUGAUGUUCAAUGCCAAAAGAAUGCAUUUGUAUUUUUUUUUUUUGCUUUGCCCAUAAUUAAUUGAAAUUCUAACGACAAAAAGUAUAUUGUGUUUCAAACAGCUGUUUUCAAAAAAAUAUACACGAUGUAAUUUUUAUUAAAAAGGGGUCAUUUGUUCGUGAAGAA